CUUUGACUUUUAUUUUUCCCCUUUAUACCAGCAGCUCCUCCACCCUUUGAUAAAGAAAAAUUAUUUGUCAAAAGGUGGUAAAGAUGGAUGCAUGAGCCACCACCACCUUCUUGGAAACACUCUCUUCAUUCAUUCUUUUCUUCUCUCCCCAUCUUCCUUCUUUCCCUUUACCAACAAAAUCCUCAAAAUUUACCCUUCCUUUUUCUUUCUUUGUUUUACCAGAUUUCAACAUUAAAAGUACCUGCCUUUCUAUCUCUUCUUCUCCUCGGUUUCUCUGUGUCUAUUGUCGGCCACUACCUUUUAUUUCCCUUCCUCAGGAGCACAUACACAGGGAUAAAUGCAAAGGAAGAUAAAUUAAACCAUUGUUUGCUAAUUAAGGGAUUGCCAACAUGGUGAGCUUACGCAGACGGAAGCUUCUUGGACUCUGCUCUGGGAAGAGCUCCUUUUUGACUCCACUAUCCAGAUUCUUUUGGAAUGGAAAUGCUCCUGAAAAUUCAAGUCAGAAUGCAAAAUCAAUCAGCGUGCAUCCUAUGCCCUCAUAUUCCAUCAACCAUAUGCAUGGGAAAAGCAUUGCUGUGGUUGGCUCUGGAUCACCAAAUAUUUCUGCUUCUGGCUCUGGUUCAUCAAAAGAGCCUCAUUAUCAACCUUUCCCAGGGCAACCAAUCAAGCGCAGGAAGCGACAUUGGAGGAAGCAUGCUCAAAAUCAAGAAGCAUGUCUAAUGAGGGGUGUAUACUUCAAGAAUAUGAAAUGGCAGGCUGCGAUAAAAGUUGAUAAGAAGCAGAUUCACUUGGGGACUGUUGGUUCACAAGAAGAAGCUGCCCGUUUAUAUGACAGAGCUGCUUUCAUGUGCGGAAGGGAGCCAAACUUUGAGCUGUCAUCGGAGGAAAAGCAAGAGCUUAGUAGAUUCAAGUGGGAUGAGUUUUUGGCAUAUACUCGCCAUUCAAUCACCAAUAAAAAAUACAAGCAAAGGGUUGGGGCUGAACCCCAGAAGAUGUCUGAACCUGUAAUAGAGAAGGGUUAUCCAGACAACAAACGAGUCAAUAGCUCCUCAGCUUCAGAAGAGUUAGGGCCAGACUCUUCGGCCUCAUGAAAGAAAAUAGUGGUUUUGAGAGUGAGGCUGAAUGAUCUGAUGUUUAGGUAGUUGCUGGGUCUCCAUUUUUUAGGGUUGAAAUUCUACUAGGGAGCCGAGUAAUAUAUAUAUAUAUAUGAUUAUGUUCUACCAAGCAGAUAUUUAUAGUGCUUUUAACACUGUGAGAGGUGGUAAUGGAGUAGUUUUCAUCAGUCACCCUGAUCAUGAAUGUCAUGCAAAGCUAGA